UGAAACGUGUCCGGGAACUCGCUGCUCUAUUUAUGUCCCCGUACGUUUCUUCUUCUCCUAUCCUUUUUAUUUAAAUAAUAAUAAGCACAAUAAAAAUAUCUCUGGCAGAAAUUCAGCUGCAAAUUUCAAGGAAUAACUUCGGCAGCUCGGCAUGUUAACUUUAUAUGCUUCAGCUGAAAUUAUUUGGGAUCGUCGGUAUAAAGCUCUCCUGGCCUUUGUGGUUUAAGAGGAAGGAAGAAAAAGAAGAAGAGUUUCAGAAAUGGGAGUUGAGGACUUGUUUUUUAACAAGUUGAUGGUUAGCAGCAAUAGCUGUUAUGGAGGAAGAGGAGGAGGGGGAGAAAUGAUCAAGGAGUGGAAGGACAUACCGGCGGAGUUGCUGUUGAGGAUUGUAUCUCUGCUGGAUGAUCGGACGGUUAUUGUGGCUUCUGGUGUUUGCACUGGCUGGAGAGAUGCCAUUUCUUGGGGUCUUACCGAACUUUCCCUUUCUUGGUGCAAAAAGAAGAUGAACCAGUUGGUAUUAUCACUAGUUUGCAAGUUCACAAACCUGAGGGUUCUGGUUCUUAGACAGGGUUUCCCUCAACUUCAAGAUAAUGCAGUUGAGGCCAUUUCAAACUGUUGUCAUGAAUUGCAGGACUUGGAUCUCAGCAAGAGCUUUAAGCUGACGGACCGCUCCCUAUAUGCUCUUGCCCAAGGUUGCCCUAACCUCACAAAGCUAAACAUAAGUGGGUGCUCGGCUUUCAGUGAUAGUGCCAUUGCAUACCUUUCUGAGCAUUGUAGGAAGCUUGAGGUCUUUAAUCUCUGUGGCUGUGUUAGGGGUGCUACUGAUAAAGCCCUCAAGGCAAUUGGGUAUUUCUGCAACCGGCUGCGGUCAGUGAACUUGGGGUGGUGUGAUGAGGUUAGCGACGAAGGCGUGAUGAGCCUGGCAUACGGUUGUCCUGACCUGAGGGCGCUCGACUUGUGUGGAUGUGUCCUAAUAACAGAUGAGAGUGUGAUUGCACUGGCAAAUAACUGCCCUCACCUCAGAUCACUCGGCCUCUACUACUGCCAGAACAUAACCGACAGGGCCAUGUACUCUCUCGCUCACAAGCACGAGAUUUGGCCAUCCAUGAAAAAGAAGAAGAGCAGCAGAAAGAACGCGGGCGAGGAGGGGCUUAUGAAUCUGAACAUCAGCCAGUGCACGGCCCUCACCCCGCCAGCAGUUCAGGCAGUUUGCGACUCCUCUCCUGCCCUCCACACCUGCCUGGGCCGUCAUUCCCUCAUCAUUAGCGGCUGUUUGAAUCUGACCUCUGUGCACUGUGCGUGUGCGGUCCAAGCACACCGAGCUCACACAGUGUUUCCUCAUACUGCUCAUUGAGUAUAACUUACUGAUUACUGGCAGGUUCCAAAGAAUGUUCAUGUGUAUAGCUGCUAGUCUCUUGUAGGAACGAACAACUUGAGUUUCCCGUGGUUGUGGACAUUAUGGUUAUGGUAAUAGACCUUUGAUACUAUUAAUUAAUUAUACAUUUUAUUAUUUUACAAAUGAUAAAAUAAUGCUACAUAUCUUUCUCUAUACAAAGGGAAGUGGAAUGGCUGCCACUUUUCCCGCCUAAAGUCACGGUUCCGGUCGGGUGACUCGGGUUCCAAGCUUCGAGUACUGGGAGAAACCAGUUCUAAUAUGGGUGCAAUUGACCGUAGGAUGCAAUUUGUCAGAUUUCUCAAUUGUUGUUUACUUAGUUCGAACUUUAAAUCAAAUUUGACUCACAUUUGUAAAAUCUUUUGUUCAGCAAUCCCAAUGUGAAAUGUACGAAGUUUUGUGGUUUAAA